UUUUCCACUCAUUGUUGAUUCUCAAAAUAAUUGAGAUGAACAGCAAAAUAUAAGCCCUUUAACACGAGGAAAACGGGAGCAAAUUCAAAAGUGAACAGAAGCCAGGCCAACACAUCAGACACUCCCACCUGCCAGCAUGAUGCCGCUAAUAAAACAGCAGUCAUCGAACACAGAUCCCAUCUGCUGUAAAGAGUGUGGAAAAUGUCUUUUUUCCCAUGGCUCCAGGGUCACCAAGGCACCCAUCAACUACAGGAAUGAGUUCCGGCCGACAGAAGGCAACAAGUCCAAUACAAAUGAUUUCAAAUUCUUUGUCCCAGGAAACCUCUCGGCAAGGGUCCCGAACUCCACCGGGGUGUUAUCGUGUAAAUGCGGCAGGAACUGGGAGACCAGCUACACGGUUGAUUAUAAUGCCUAUCCCAUCCAGCAGAACAUAGUUCGUAAGACCAUGGUGUACAGGGCACCAACUGCAAAGAUGGAUGGCCACACAGAAUAUAAAGAGAAGUUCCAUCCCUGGGAAAUCAUAAAGCGAGACCCCUUCUGGCAUAAAGAUAACCUGAAGCCAAGUAAGGCAAAGUUUCAAAGCACCACUACAUUUCAAGAUGAAUUCUACGCCAAGCCCAUGCCUAGCUCUCGACACAACUUCAAGCCAAUUCCUAGACGCAAGGAGUCUGCGCCCAUGGAGGUCAUGACCACUUACAGGGAGCACUAUGUCCUUCACCCGGCGCAACCCACACAGCAGCCGCCCUUGAAGCCCAGCAUCAUCUGCCUCAGCUGUCUUGGCACACACAGACCUGGUUACAGCAACCUGCGAGAGGAAGCUGCUAUGCUGGUUGCACCCAAAGCUGCAUGGGAGAGUAGCACCACUCCCUUUCAAACUUCUAUGGAGAGCAUCUCCUCCAAUCAUGCUAACCUCCUGGGUCACCAGGACUUGUCCACAGUGUCCAAUCAGCCCCCUGGUCAAGGUAUGCAGGACACAGGUGCCCUCUGA